GUCUUGAGCAUGGACUCCGCGUCCAUCAUGAUGCCCUCUUCGCCGGGCCGUGUUGCUUCUUUGCCAUACACAAACGGCCAUUUAUCGCCUCUUGCAGCUCAUAUGACGAUCGCCGAUAGCUCUUCGCAACACAGUGACAGCGAUGCGUCCGACGCGAAAGAGCACACCGCAGCUGCUCAGGCCUCCGAUGUCGACGCGCCGGGAGAGGAAUACGAGGAGGACGAGGAGAUGGCUGCUGCCUCAGACUCGUCCGAGGAUGUCGAUGCCGAGGGCGAGCCAGACGGCGACUACGACUCUGAGUCACCGCCGUCUGAGCAAGCAGAGAGCGACCGCGCUCGGAGUUCGUCACAAGAAUCAUCGAGGCCGUCCAAACGCAAGGCAAGCGCUGAAAAGGACGACUAUAUAGAGCAGAACCCGGAGCUAUACGGCCUGCGUCGCAGCGGUCGCGCCCGCCCUAGUCGUCGCGUUGUCGAUAGCAGCGAAGAAGAGGACGAAGAGUAUGACUCAGACCAGCCACGCAAGAGGCAGAGGACAGCCUCGCGGAAGACCUCGAACCAACCGACACCAGUCUAUCGCUCAACUGGCUCCGACUCAGAGUCAGAUGGCUACGUUGGAGCCCGUCGCAACAUUCCGACCAAGAAGCAACGCCAACGUCAGCAUGCCGUUGCCACAGGCCGCGAGCCUCCUUCGCAAGCCGAGGUCCGAUUCUCCGCACGACGUACAGCUCAGGUCGCGAAUUACAAUGAAGAAGAUGAUGAAGACGAGUUUGCUGAGGAGGAAGACGAGAUGACCUCGGCCUACUGGGCGAACGCCGUCGAGGACGCUGGCCCCGUCAUCGACAAGAUCCUCGACCAUCGGCCAAAAGACGGCUUAGAGAUUGAUCCCUCGUUUGAUAAGCACGACUUUGAGUACUUGAUCAAAUGGCAAGACAAAGCGCACUACCAUUCGACAUGGGAAGACUACAAGACCGCCUCUGCCUACAAAGGCAUCCGAAAACUGGACAACUACUACAAGGGACCUGUCCAGAACGACAUGUAUUAUCACAGCCGCAAGGCUGAGGACCCAGAAGAGUUCGAGCAGCAUAUGGUUGCACGGGAAGCCGAGCGCGAGAGUCAGCUCGACUUCCAUAUCGUGGAGCGUGUGAUUGAUACGCGAGACGGCGAGGAUGAGACGGAAUAUUUCGUCAAGUGGAAAGGACUGACGUACGAGUUCUGCACAUGGGAACCCGCGUCGCUUGUCAGCCGCCUGUCCCAAACUGAAAUCGACCGGUAUCUCGACCGCUCGUCGAAUCGGCCCACCUCAGAUCCCCGCGAGGCAAACCCCAAUACACGCAGGAAGUUUGUCAAGAUGGAUACACAACCCGACUACAUCAAGUUUGGGCAGCUGAGAUCCUUUCAACUGCAGGGUGUGAACUUCCUUGCGCACAACUGGUGCCGGGGCACAAACGUCAUCCUAGCUGAUGAGAUGGGUCUGGGAAAGACGGUGCAGACUGUCUCGUUUAUCAACUGGUUGAGACAUGACCGUAAACAAGACGGCCCGAUGAUCUGUGUUGUACCACUGUCUACUAUGCCCGCAUGGGCAGACACAUUCAACAACUGGACACCCGACGUCAACUAUGUCAUCUACACAGGCAGAGAAGAGGCUCGCAGCAUCAUCAGGGAAAAGGAGCUUCUUGUGGACAACAACACAAAGAAGGUCAAGUUCAACGUUCUCUUGACUACCUAUGAAUACGUCCUUGCCGACUGGCAGUUCUUGCAGAGCAUCAAGUGGCAAUUCCUGGCUGUAGACGAAGCCCACCGAUUGAAGAAUCGGGAGUCGCAGCUCUAUGAAAGAUUAACGGCAUUCAGUGCACCGUGCCGCCUGCUCAUCACUGGUACCCCUAUCCAAAACACAUUGGGCGAGCUAGCAGCCUUGAUGGAUUUCCUGAUGCCAGGAAAGAUUUCUGUUGAUGAACACGUGGACCUGUCUUCAGAAGAUGCCAGUCACAAGCUUGCAGAACUCAGUUCUGCCAUUCAGCCUUACAUGAUCCGCCGCACAAAGGAGAAAGUAGAGAAUGAUCUGCCUCCCAAGUCUGAAAAGAUUCUGCGAGUGGAACUGUCUGAUAUUCAACUUGAGUACUACAAGAACAUUCUUACCCGAAACUACGAAGCUCUCAACGAGGGAGGCGUUGGCCACAAGCAAUCCCUCUUGAACAUCGUCAUGGAGCUCAAGAAGGCUAGCAAUCAUGCUUUGCUCUUCCCUAAUGCCGAGAGCAAGCUUGUGAAGAGCGGCUGUUCAAAGGAGGAGACGCUGAAAGCACUCAUCACCACCAGCGGCAAAAUGAUGUUGCUAGAUCGACUGCUUGGCAAACUCAAAGCCGACGGUCAUCGCGUCCUCAUCUUCAGUCAGAUGGUUCACAUGUUGGACAUCCUGACCGACUACCUCAAGCUGCGCAACUACGCGUUCCAGCGACUUGAUGGAACGGUCCCAGCAGCCGAGAGGAAGAUUGCCAUUGACCACUUCAAUGCACCUGGCAGCGAGGACUAUUGCUUCUUGUUGUCUACGAGAGCUGGUGGUCUUGGCAUCAACUUGAUGACUGCCGACACGGUCAUCAUCUUCGAUUCCGACUGGAAUCCUCAAGCCGACUUGCAAGCCAUGGCUCGUGCUCAUCGUAUCGGCCAGCAGAAGCCUGUGAGUGUCUAUCGUCUCGUCUCCAAGGAUACGAUUGAAGAGGAGAUUCUGGAGCGCGCUCGAAACAAGCGCAUGCUCGAGUUCAUCACCAUCCAGCGUGGUGUGACGGAUCGGCAGCAAAAGGAGCUCAACGACAAGAUGAGUCGCGCUGCUGCUGAGCCGAACUCAGCCGAUGACAUUAACAACAUCCUCAAGCGCCGCGGACAAAAGAUGUUUGAGCAGUCUGGCAACCAGAAGAAGCUUGAGGAGCUUGACAUUGACUCUGUUUUGGAGAACGCCGAGGAACACAAAACGGAGCAAGCCGCAGGUCUCACAUCUGACGGCGGUGAAGAGUUCUUGAGGAACUUUGAAUACACCGACGUCAAGAUCGACCUCGAAUGGGAUGACAUCAUUCCCAAAGAGGAGCUUGAGGCGGUCAAAGCCGAUAUACAGCAGCGCAAAGACGAAGAGGAGACACAGAAGCUGCUCGAGGAGAAUGCGCCUCGGAAGCGCAAGGCAGCGUCGGCCAGCGCACGGGAACAACGAGCUGCGAAGAAACGCGCGCUCGAAGCCUCUCAGAUUGAUGCUGAUGAUGACGACCAAUCUGACGCAGAUGAAAAUGUCAAGCGCGACCCCAAGCGACCGCUAAACACAAAGGAGGCACGCAAUCUCAUUACAGCCUACUGUCGUUAUGGCUCGCUCGAAGAGCGUGGCGAUGAGAUUCUGCAGGCGGCUAGACUGGUCGGCCGCGACAUGGGGGUUGUCAAAGCGACUCUCGAGGAGAUUAUCGAAAAGAGUACACAGCUCGUCAAGGAGGAGCAAACGAGACUCAAGAACCUGGAGAUUGAGGCCAAGCGUGCCUUGACCAAGAAAGACAAGAAGGCUGUCCUGUUCGACUUUGGUGAUGUGAAGAAGGUCAACGCGGAGACUAUCCUCGAACGGCCGGUUGAGAUGCGCGUGCUCAAGGAAGCAGUCGAAGCAACGCCCGACUGGCGAAACUUCCGUGUGCCAGACGCCAUCAAGCCAGCAAGCUACUCUUGCCCCUGGGGUGCGCGUGAGGAUGGCAUGCUCUGCAUCGGUAUCCAGCGCCAUGGCUAUGGUGCGUGGAUUUCGAUCCGUGACGAUCCAGAACUAGGCUUGUCGGACAAGUUUUAUCUGGAGGAGCACCGCGUCGACAAGAAGGAAGAGCGUACCAAGGGCGAAGACAAGAAUGCCAAGUCUCCCGGUGCUGUACAUCUGGUUCGUCGCGCAAACUACCUUCUCACGGUGCUGAAGGACAAGAGCACUUCGGAUCCAAACAUCAAGCGCCUGAUGGAAAACCAUCACCGUAACAACAAGAAGAACCACCUGGGCGUCGCUCGCCGGGCUGAGAAGGCGACGAGCGUUUCGGCAAGCCCUGGACCAGGUAGUGCUCUGCGUAGAAUGCAAUCACGAGACUCUGAUCGGCCUUUGCACCGUGCGCACAGCAGCGGCGAGAGUCGACGGCCUGACAGUCGAACGGACGGGCGACACCGAGAUGAUCGCCCUAGGCACAGUGACCAAUACCGGCCUUCUGACGGUCAUCGCAAGGAGCAUCGCAACGACCGGGGAAGCAUUGACCGUCGUCAGCAGAAUGCGGACCGGAACGGGACGCCAGAGAACCGACGCAAGAUCAGCGGUGACCUGGACAGGCAACGUGUUAGAGACGAUCGGCCUCGGCUCUCGGAGGACCGCCCGCGUUCGCACAGCCAAAGCCAAGUGCCGGAUCGCAGCGUGGAGGCAGCCAAGGCCAAGGAGAAGAAGCCAGACGACUUCCUGGAGCGCAAGCUUCGGCCUGUGCGGGACAAUCUCAGCCGGCUUAAAAAGGCGACACCAAGAAACUACCCACAGAAGGAUGCCAUGGUCAAGGUGCUGAAGAUUGAGCUAAUUGCCAUUGGCAACUUUAUCCGCGCCGAGACGCGCGACAAUGCGGAGCUCGAGGAGCGGCUAUGGAGUUACACAAUCAACAACCACUGGCCUCGGCCCGGAGUGACAGUUCCGGCCAUCAAGGGCAUGUACAACAAGAUGCUGAGUUCAGAGAAGCCAGCUGCGAGCGCGGCGGCGUCGAACGGGCAAAAGAAUGGGGCUUAGAGGCGGUUGCACCAAACGAGGCACAUGAUGUUCGUACCCGGAUGCAGCGUCAUUUAUCAUCAGCAUAUGGGAGUUUUCGAUUUUCACGGCGGGACAGCGUCACGUAUAUUUGCAGCAUAGCGUAGGUGUUUGGACUACUCGAGACAUGAGUUGGGGACAGUGGUUCAGACCGUGUCCUUGGUCUUGGUCUUCUUCUUCUUCUUCUUCUUCUUCUUCUUCUUCUUCUUCUUCUUCUUCUUCUUCUUCUUCCCCUUUCUCUUCUUCAUUUUAUAUUGCAUAGACGAC